UCCUUUCUUCUUGUAGGCUCUUGCCACAGCUAGGAGCCAGUCAUCGAAAUGGCUGCGUUUCAGCGAUACCGUAAAUUUGUCCGUUCUGUUGUGCGUUUCUCUGACCGUGAUCUCGUGAGCGUCAUCUGAACCCACCACCCAGAAGAAAAGAAGAGCUUCCAAAUAAGCCCAAAUGGCCGAAGGAAAGAUAGAUGCAAGUUAUGUGGUGGAGGUUGAAGAACAUGGAACUUCAGACGACACCAGCCUCCAAGUGGAGCUUAAUGUGUUCAGAGCCCAGUGGAUGUCUGAACUGAUGCCCAGUGGACAGAUGCCUGCUGCAGACCUGAGAAGGAAACAGGAACUUUUGCGGGAGGAAAAAGCCAAAGAGCUGUUCUUAAGGGCUGUUGAAGAGGAACAGAAUGGAGCUCUCUAUGAAGCGAUCAAGUACUAUCGCAGGGCGAUGCAGAUUGUCCCGGACAUUGAGUUUAAAAUAAACUAUGACUCGGGCCGUGCUGGUGGAAAUUACUUGAAGGAAAAUGAAAACAAUGGUGAAAUUGAGGAUCUGAUGGCCUAUUUCCAGCAGCAACUCACCCUUGUAGAUGACUGUCCAAAGAUAUGUGUUCCUGAAGUGGAGAUGACACAGAUGCACAUUUCCGCACUGCCUCCAGAGGUGUUGAUGUAUGUCUUCCGCUGGGUGGUUUCCAGUGACCUGGACAUACGAGCCCUGGAGCAGCUCUCCCUUGUAUGUCGUGGUUUCUACAUCUGUGCCAGAGACCCAGAGAUCUGGCGCCUGGCAUGUCUAAGGGUCUGGGGAAACAGUUGCACCAAGAUGGCCCCGUUCAGCUCCUGGAGGGAGAUGUUCUUGGAGAAGCCACGGGUGUGCUUUGAUGUUUGUGGCUGUUCUAUUGUAAUUCUCACAGGUGUGUACAUCAGUAAAACAGCCUACAUUCGUCAGGGGGAGGAGUCCUUGGAUGGGUUUUACCGGGCGUGGCACCAGGUGGAUUUCUACAGGUAUCUGCGGUUUUUCCCAGAUGGCCAGGUCAUAAUGCUUACCACACCUGAGGACCCCCUUGUUAUUGUUCCUCGUCUACGUAAUAAGAACUGCAGAGGAGAGUCUGUCCUGUUUGGUCACUUUCGUCUGUCACAGGACACAGACAAACAAACCAAAGUCUUUGUUGUUGUCUCCAAAAGAAAGGAAGAGAAGGUGGCUGGGGAGUUCCAGAAGAACCGGUUCUACAGGCGGAACCCAGCACCUGAUGCAGAGCACAACUUCCACGUGGGUCUCCAGCUGUCCUCUGGGGGGCGCCAGCGCUUCGACAAGCUGGUUUGGAUCCACCACUCCUGCCAAAUCACCUACAAACCAACCGGAGAGACAGUGGUCACAUCUUUUGACCUGGACAAGAUGUAUACUCCUCUUUACUUUGCACGUGUGAAGAGCUACACAGCGCUUUCCGAGCGCCCACUGUAGGGCAGAGAUAUGCAUCACUUACAAAACACCUUUCCAAAAACAAUGUUUGCUUGAUACUGAGUUUCUGGUUUUCAUGAGUGCACUAUUGCAACGGUAUACAACUACUUCCCACAGACAGCAUACGCUAUGACACGUCAUGUUCUAGGCUCUCACGACAAGGAGGAUCCUGCUUCUCCUCAUACUGUAGAGACUACAAUGCAAAGGGAUUAACUAAUUCAGCUAUUUUCAUCGAUGAAUGUUUUUCAGUUUAAUUUGCAUUUUUGGUUUCUGAUCUGAAAUUAAACAGGGCGAUACAAAGGGUUGGCUUACAACAGCUGUUUUAAGAGUGUUUCUUAACGUGGUUUAAAUACUCUACAAGUACUUUGUGUACUACACCUCCACAUCAGAGUACACAACAUCAUGCCACUCACACUCCCUGCUCUCCCCAUACAUUUCUGGGAUUUGAUCAUUUUAAAUCACUUGAUUUUAUAAGCAUGAUGUAAUACAUAUUAAUAUUCUAGGAAUUGAGGACUAGAGAGAUGGAAAAAGGAUUAAGAUCAGAAAUGUUUGAUCUGCUACAUAAAAAAAGGUUAUAUCGGAUUACCAGGAGACAGUUUGGUGCUAGCUGGCAUUACUUUAUCGUAAUGUAGGGAUUCCUUUUGUAUUUGGACUGUUUAUAUGCAAUGUAUGACAAGUUAAAAAAAAAUUGAGGAUGCCCAUAAAGCUAAAUAGUAUGUU